AUGGCCGCUGAGCAGGAGGCUUCAGCUGACAUGUGUGUCGUCGCCGAGGUAGCGGAACCGUUGGAUUCUCGGCCCGGCCAACGAAGGCGCCUUUUGCUCGUACAGCCAUUGGGCGUCAGCCUCUCCGGCAUUAUGGACAUGGAUAAGUCUGAAUUGCAACAAAUGCUGCAGUUGCCACCUCGGCGUCCCGAACAGACCCCGCAAUCUUUGCCGCGCCGCUCCUGGGCCGGGACAUGCCCUUCCAAACGUGAAGCCCCUUCCGGCUACCCAGAGUCGGCCGCUACGGCUACUGGAAGCACCAUUCGACUGACCAUGUCUGCGGACACAUUCCCACAACCGCCGCCGCCAGCCGAGGCUGCAUUCUGGCAGCCCAUGGAGCCGCAUCGUGUUCACAUGCCCAGUAGCAGCGGCAACAAUGCCCUGCCAAGCACGACCUGGAGCCUCCAGGGCUCACCAGAGCUGCGAACGGCGGGCCUGGCAGCUCCAUCCCCGCAAGACCAUCAUGUCCUACCGCAGCUGCCGCAGCAGCCACCACACCCCCAGCAGCUGCAGCAGCCACCACACCCCCAGCAGCCACCACACCCCCAGCUGCCGCAGCAGACGCAGCCACUCGAGCAGCUCCAGCGGAGGCAGCCUCAGGAAGCUCCCCAUUACUCAACAGUCCUGGAGGGUUCGCCAAAGCGCUUCGGCCAAAGCGGGCCUGGGGCCACCCUCUUUCACGAAGCAGCAAACAUUGACCCCGCUGGCAGCAAUUCCCCAUUGCGGUAUGUACGGCAAGCUGACCUCGAUGCUUCCGAGGCAAUGGCCGGCAGUGCUGCCAUUUCGACAGGUGCAGCCGCGGGCACUUCGACGGUGCUCCACUCCAUGCCGAUGAGCUCGCCAUAUCCCCAUCCGCCAGGCGCACUAGUGACCCACGGGUCUGCAGCCGAACCGCGCGUCCAGCUGGUGUCGCCGGUUGGGACGGCGAUAUCGGCGGCCACGGAGACGGCACCGCCGGCCUGGGGUCCCCUGCCGCCGCAAACAUCGGACCAACAAUCAUCUCGGUUGUUGUCUGGUGACCGCCUCAAGGUGCGGAAGAGCAGCAUGACCGACAUGAAGGACAUCAUUCGCGGCGGUGUGUAUUCAGCAGCUAAGCUGUAUCGGCUCUGGGCGCAUGGCGACAGCAACAAUGACGGAGGUGUUAGUCCCGCUUCCGGACUUCCGGCAUCGACACAACAACAUAACCUGUUGUCAGUGCAGCCGGCCGCGGCCAGCUCCUUUGAUGGUCCACCUGACAACUACGGCACAUUCGCUGCGCGGGACAGGUCAAGCCAGACUGCCACUUCGCCCACAAGCCAAGGCCUUAUGAACACCAGCAGCCGCAGCAGAAUGCCGGAGAUGCCACCCUGCGGCACAUCAACGGCGCCGGAUGAAAGGACUGCAGGCGUCCUCCGGGGCGCUCCUGAGCUCGCAUGCACUCCAGCCGGUGGCUUCGGCGUCGCAGGCCCCACAAACUUCCCAGUCACCACCGUGCGCAGCUGCACUGCGGGCGAAAAUGCGAUGCCGAACAUGGCCAUUGAGACGAGUACCGGACAGGCAUUUGGGGCCACCCCGCCUGGCCCAGCCACCACUGGGUUCGCAGCUGCCCCGGACAUGGCCACCACUGGCAUGGGUGCCGGUGCUCUCGCCAAUCCUGCUGCCGCCUCCUUCCCGUCCCAAGUGGAUAGUGCUGAACCUGGCUGGAGUAGCUAUCCUAAUUCCACAACAUCCAAUUCCCAAAUGAUCUUGGCCGAACUGUUCGGACCCGCACGCCAUCGCCAGUCCCCGUCAUUUGCGGUCGUAACGGUCAACCAGGGCACCGCCGCCGCCGCCGCUGCCGCCGCCGCCGCCGCCGCCGCUGACUCUUCCGUCGAGGAUGGCAUGCCGGACGUCCAGACUACCAGCUCACCCACCUGUCCUGAACUCCUCCCAGCCGCCUACACAGCCGCCGGAGACGUUCCCACCCGCGCUGCCACCAGCUCGCCUGGGGGGGGGCCUGCAGGCGGCCCCGUCUUCACCUCCGGCGCCGUGUCCCCUACCCGCGACGGUACCGUCAGCUCGCCUGUCGUUCCGGCUGCCGGCAGCUCCCCAUUCGGUCUUGCCAGCGCCACCGCCGGCUUCACCGCCUGCCACAUCACCAGCAAACUCGGGACGUCGCGCAGCUACAGCCACGGCAUGUCAUCGAGGGAGGAGGUCCACACGGAGCUAAAGGCCUCCAUGGUGAGGGGCUCGUCCUCCCUGCCGUCCUCGCUUCCGGAGUCACCGCCGCCUCCGUGGGGAUCUUCUCAGACAGCAGUCCCCAGGAACAGCAACAGUAACAGCAGCAGCGCCGCUGACCCGGCCAGGUCAGCUCCCGCGCCAGUCCAAGCGGCGGCAGCCCCCGUGCCCGUGGCCGUGCCCGCGGCCUUCUCACAAAACCCGGUGGUGAACCGCCCGCCUGUCACCACCGGCGCCGUGGUUACACGCGUACGGCACCGAGUAUCGUCAUCCGCAUCGGCGGCCGCGAUGUUUGGCACUGGCGGCGGCACCGACAGCACCGGAAAAACUGCGUAG